AUGAUGGCCGCUUAUAAAUCAUCCAUGACACGAGUCCCAAACAGAGGAACACCAAAUACAACUCUGGAGGUUACUUUGAGGGAAAAAGAUGUGCCCCUUUUGAUUAGGUCCGAUUUUUUAAUCAUUUUGGCGCAGCCUCAUCUUCUUGCAAGUGGUGACAUCAUCGGAUGGAAAAUCUGA